AUGACUACUUUGCAAUCAGAAGAUUGUCAAACUAAUGACCUAAAUGACUCAUUUCCGAUGGAUGUUGAAUCGUUACGUUUUCCAUUAGAUAAUUCAAUGCGAAUCGUAUUUACUGGAUAUUACAAUGGCUUUAAUGUGGAAGUAAGAUCUGUAGAGGAGAUAGCACUGUUGUAUCACAUGGGAUGUUUUGGCAAAGGGACAACAUCGCGAUCGGAACCUAAAGCCGAUCAAAAUGACAUAACGCCGCGCAUCAUACGUAAAAGACAAUUUUUAAAACGAAACUAUUGGUUUAAAAAAUUCGGCAGUUCUGAUAAGUUGGCAACUGUGGAAGCAGAUGAUUUCAUGAAAGAUAUUGAUAGUCUUACAGCUAAAAUAAUUGUAGACUGUAAGAAAAAUAAUCAAAAAGAUGUCAUUGAUUUAGUCUCCAGUGAAGAAGAUGAUGAAGAAGACAAUAAUUCCAAUCAUAGUACUGAAAGAUUCCAGAAUCAUGAUAAAGAAGAUUUGGUAGUCAUAGUGCCUAAUAGCGAAUCUGAAGGAGAAAACUAUUUUGAAAACAUGAGACCGAAAUGCUGUCUAAAUAAAGUUAAAAUACAAGAAAAGCUUAUGUUGACUCCUGAGGAAGCAUUCUUCUUGCUUUAUGGUUUGGGAUGCUUACAAAUUGUCAGUCUCGACAAUGAUUUACUAAACAUAGAGAAGUGUUGGGACCUCUUUACAGGUGUAGACGGGAGAUUUUUAUCCAAAUAUGUGGUUUAUCACUACUAUAGAUCUAAGGGAUAUGUUGUAAAACCUGGAAUUAAAUUUGGUGGAGAUUAUUUAUUAUACAAGGAAGGUCCUGCAGCAUACCAUGCUGAUUAUGUAGUCAUUAUAAGGUCUGAAAAUAAGGAAGAAAACUGGAUUCAAACACUUGGUCUUGUUAGAGUAGCAAAUACUACAGUCAAGGAAGUCAUAGCUGUAGAAGUAGUAAAACCCAAUAAGACUGAAGUCGAAUUACCCAAGGAUUUAAAACUUUUCAGUGUGAGAGAACUGUUAUUAAGCCGGAAUUUACCAAUCACAUUAAAUGAAGAUGACUAA